UAUCUCUCACUUUCUAUCAAAUUUAGCUCUUUAAAUAUUUCUCUCAUUCUUUGCUUCUUUGUUACUUCUACACAUUUUCUCACUCUCACAAAUCUCACACACAGAGUAAACUAAACUUUAAAAAGCUAUGAACAAACAAAGUUUGAAGAGACUUCAAUUCCGGAGAUGGGGAAAGCGAUUCGGAAGCUCGACGACGGCUUCAGGGACACUAGGAAACUCAGAGGAAAGAACAAUUGUGGCGUUUGCGUUCUCAUGUUGUGGAAAACCUCGUGUUCUUGUGAAACAGUUUGUUUGGAGGCUUAAAUCGCGUUUGAGGUGGUCGCGGAAGAGUGAUCAUAAUAACAUUCAGUGUAGUUAUGAUCUCCGGAGCUAUCAUCUUAACUUCGACGACGGUUGGUCUCGCCGACGGUGAUUUUUAAAUAAAUAGACGUUAUUAUUAUUGUCUAUAUACAGAGCCAUUUUCUUUUCAUAUUUUGUAUGUAAAUUAAAUCUCAAUCUGAACAUUAUUUUGAACUUUGUAGUGUUUUCUUGCAUACAAAAUUGCAAGAUCUUGAUAUUUCUAUUUAGGCUUUAA